ACCAGGCAUCCUGGCCCGAAGUUUCCCAAAUCCGGGCGGCUAGAGGCCCACUGCUUUUCAACUACCAGCUGAGGGGGUCCGUCCCGAGAAGGGAGAAGAGGCCGAAGAGGAACCAUGAACUUCUAUUUACUCCUAGCGAGCGGCAUUCUGUGUGCCUUGAUGAUUGUCUUCUGGAAAUAUCGCCGCUUUCAGAGAAACACUGGCGAAAUGUCAUCAAAUUCAACUGCUCUUGCACUAGUGAGACCCUCUGCUCCUGAGUUAAUUAACAGCAAUACAGACAACGAUCUUGCAGUCUACGACCUCUCUCGGGAUAUUUUAAAUAAUCUCCCACGCUCAAUAGCCAUGCAGAAGCGAGUAAACCUCAAUGUAGUGGAAAACAAGCUGGUUGAACUGGAAUAUACUGUACUUAUCAAGGGUUCCAGACGUGCAUCACGUCACCGGAAAUCCACCUAA